GGCUGGUGUGGGGUUCUCCUUUGUCCGCUGAGCUGCCCAGACCCGACUCCCUUCCUUCCUCCCCCGCCUCAGCCCAGCCACGUCCUUGAGCAGCGGCAGGCAGCGUAGGGACGUGCCCUCUGCACGGCCGUAGAAUCCUGAGAAAAAGCAGUGACCAGGGGUGGAAAGGGCAGAGCUGAAGGGGCAGGCAAGAAUUUACGUCUCCCAUCUCUUCUGACCCACUCAGCUGCCUCUCAGCGUGUGGAGUUUUCCACACCAGGGGGGCCCCCACUCAGUUUCCUCCAAAACCUCCACCCUUCCCUCCCUUUGUUUUCCUGCGUCCUCCCCUUCCUCCUCCCCAUCCCACUCCUUAGGGGAGGGGGGCCACUGGUGGGGGAAAGGAAAUGGGCAUUUGGCAUGGAGUCGGCAGAGGUCUUGGGAGAGGUCAGGAACCCAGGACAUCCCAGUUGCAGAAGGAACAUCGGGACCCAGUCCCCACACAGCCUGCUUUGCCCAACACCCGCCCCGUGCCAGGCUCAGCGUGGGCCUGCCUUGCUUCACUGCAUACUUCUCGUUCCUCAGCCCAGCUUGGGGGCGAUUGGGGCGGAGGCACCUGGGGGAGCACAGAGGAGCCUGACACGGGGAGGAGGGGAUGGGGGACUACACCUCAGAGCAGUGAUGCCCAUGGGACCGCCUGGGUGUAGGACGGGCCCCUUGGACUGAGCCCCAGCCUCACCUGCCAGAAGAGAACCAGAGCUGCCCCAGCCAUGGCCUUGGGGCGGGAACUGAGACCGUCUGUGCUGGGACAGGUGCCCAGCCUCGGUUUGGGGUGGGGACCCAGAGGUUUCUGAUCUCUCAUGAUUAAUAGAGCUGGUUGAGAGUUCUGCUAACUCUUUGCUUCUUAGCUUAUCAGAGGAUCAUGUCCUGGGCUUGUGAUUUAGCCCCCUUGAGGCCCCUUAGCAGCAAGAUCAAGCUUUUUGCCGAGAGUCAAAGAUCAUCCCAACAAGGGGGGAAAUUCAAGUUCAGGAAGUUGAAGUUUGGGGGAGAGCAACCUCCUGGUGGCCUCACCCUGGCCCUUGGGCGCCCAGACCCAGUGCAUUCACCAAGUAUCAAGCAAUUCAUGCUUGCGGGGAGCUUUGAUCUGUAGUCACAAUUCUUAAUACAACCUAUGAAGUAAGGAGGAGUAGUUCUAGUUCACAGAAUCAGAAACAAGCUCAAGGGGCUCAAACUUCAUGCCCACAUCCCUUUGGUAAAUGAUGGGACCUGGUUUGAAUCCAGGUUGGUUGGAUUCCAGAGCCAUGGGUUUCUCCCAGAUUCCCCAUUCCCUUUUUCAACCUUCAUCUUCCUUGGAGACUCAAUGCCUCAACCCCUAGGUCUUUGAGUUUCUUGAAUUGUUCUCACCAGCAUUCAGAGCGGGUGGCUCCACUCCCUUGAUCCUUCCCCGCUGAAAGGUGCAGGGGACCCGUCUGUGGUCAGUCUCUGUCUCUGUCUCUUGUCCCCCUUACUCCAUUCUCUGGCCCCCGAUUAAAGCUGAGUCAGAGGCGGACGCUUCCCCUCGGCUCCCAGUGCCUCCCGUGGGAGCCCUUCCUUGGCGGCAUCCGUUAGUCCCUCCCCGGUAAGUCCUCUCCCCACACCCUCGCGGGGCGGGGAGCCCAGGGCAGCCCAGAGACUGGGGGGGAGGGGGUGGACUUUUGGCCCGUUUCGUUUAUUCCGUCCAUCUCCUCUUCAACAGCUGCCGUGCACUCUUGUCUCACUGCUCUGACCGACCCGCAGGGAAGCGGAGAGGCCCGGAGAGAGGGAAGAGACGAGCCAGAGACAGACCUGGGCUAAGGAAGAGACAGAGGCUGCAGCCUGCCUCCCUCCCUCUCCCCAGCCUGCCUUAACUGCCCUCCUUAGCCUAAGCCCCUCCAAGUUCCCCUGGGGCUCAGUCCCUCCCCUUCUCUGGGGCCCCAGGCUCCCCUCGGGGCCUGUGUCCCACCAUGUCGGUGGCUGUGGAGAUCUUCGGCUUCUUCAUGGCAGCCCUGGGGCUGCUGAUGCUCGGGGUGACCCUGACACACAGCAGCUGGCGAGUGUCCACCGUGCACGGGAAUGUCAUCACCACCAGCACCAUCUUCGAGAACCUCUGGUAUAGCUGUGCCACCGACUCCCUCGGAGUCUACAACUGCUGGGAGUUCCCGUCCAUGCUGGCCCUCUCUGGCAUGGUGGGGCUGCGCUGCACGAACAUUGGGGGCCUGGAGCGCUACAGGAAAACCAAGCUGGCGGCCACCGCAGGGGCCCUACACAUACUGGCUGGUGUCUGCGGGAUUGUGGCCAUCUCCUGGUACGCCUUCAACAUCACCCAGGACUUCUUCGACCCCUUGUACCCUGGAACCAAGUACGAGCUGGGCCCCGCCCUCUACCUGGGCUGGAGCGCCUCCCUGCUCGCCAUCCUGGGUGGCAUCUGCCUCUUCUCCAACUGCUGCCGCUCUCGGGACGAGGACCACGGCGCCAGCAUCCGGCCUCCCUACAAGGCCCCAGUGAUGCCCGCCAAAAGCCUCGCUGCCCGCCUGCCCACCUCGGCCUCGGAAGAAGAAGGCGACAGCAGCUUUGGCAAGUACGGGAAAAACGCUUACGUGUAGGAGGCCUGGCCUCCCAUUCCCUUCCCACUGCCCCCAGUGGAGAGGGGUCCCCGUAAACCCGGGGCUGCAGGCGCAGGCCCCUGCUCGCGGUAACAAGCUCAGGGCCAAGCCACGCUUCAGGCUCCGCCCCGUGCCCGGAAGCCGCGCCCAGCUCUGACCUCAGGCCCCGCCUUCCCCGUCGGAGCUCCGCCCCGGUCACGCCUCUUUCGUCUGGCUCCCUGGAUCCUCUCAGGCCAAGAACCCGCUUCCUGAGAACUCACCUCUGGCCCCUGAGCCUGGACCCCUCUUAACCUUCUGAGUCUGGGUUCUGGGCCGUUAAGGGGGCGGAGGCGUCCCUGAGUGUUUGUGGUCUGUAUAAAUACUUGCAUAAAUAAAUUUGUAUUGGGAACUGUU